AUGGGUAAAAAAAGAGAUCGUGUUGAAUUGCCCAAAUAUAUAGAUUGGGUAAACCAAGUGUUGGCUUCCCAUCAAGCUCAAAUGGUUGAAGAAUUUAGGGUGUCUUUUGACUUGGACAAUACCUACGCUGGAAUUCUUGAUUCAUGGACUUGCUUUGCAGCAGCCAAGAGAGUUCAUAGGCUUGAGUUGGACUUAUCACCCUUUCACAGUCGUAAAACGAGUUUAGAUGAGAUAUACUGUUUCCCUACGGACUUGGAAUGGAAGGCACUGACUUCCCUUGUGCUAAAUUCCGUCAAUGUUGUUGAAGAACAGCUCCUGUAUCUUUUGUCUGAUUGUCCAGUCCUGGAGAAGUUGUCCGUUAGUCGUGCACCAUCCUUGUAUAAUUUGAGGCUUCGAUCGCCUAACAAUAAAUUGAAGCACUUGGGAUUAAUAUCUUGUCUUGGUUUGGAAGCUAUCGAGGUUGUUUCAGCCUUGAACCUUUUUUCUUUUGAGUAUCAAGGAUGCAGGAUAAACAUGCUCUUCAAAGACGUUCCUCAACUCUCUUCAGUUUCUCUCAAAUGGGCACCUAACGUCAGCUGUGAUCUUUGUGAAGAUCUACUGAUUACCAAAUUCAGCCAGGUUCCCUUCUCCAUCUCACAGCUUAAGACAUUGGCUUUGGAUCUGAAAUUACUGGUUGCUAUGGAAUUUUACCUGUUUCCCAAGACCUUUUCGCAGUUUAGCAAUCUUCAACAACUGGAAUUGCAAUUUUUUGCACUAUACGAGCAAAGCAUCCUUUUUCUCUGUUCAUUUAUUCACGCAUCUCCGAGUUUGCAUAAACUGGUGCUCAAGUACACUGUCUGCUGGGAGUCAACGGAGCUGUCAAUGAAUCGAGAGUUUUGGGACGAUAUGCUCAAAUUUGGGGAUACAACACGGCAAUGGGUCGAAGGACAGAAGUACAACUGCCUGACGGAGGUGGAAUUUUUGGGUUGGAUUGGGUUGAAGAGUGAUGUUGAGUUUGUCAUGCACUUGAUAGAGGCUGCAGGUCCUUCCCUGGAGAGCUUAACUCUGGACACUCGAGAUCCGAGUCGAGUUGGGAGAUGGAAGGAAUUACCGCUGCCUCGGCUUGAACAAAUGGCCAAGAAGGUGAAGUAUAAUCUGCCUGGGCAUCCAUGUGAAAUUGCCACCAAGGAGGCCGCUAGGAAUGGUGCCAGAAUCGUGGAAACUAAAUUAUCUCCCCGGACAAAAUUGGUGCUCUUGUAA